UUAUGGUAAACGCUCAGGAAUGGUUGGAUGAAAAAUAUCCGAAUAAGGAAGGAGUUAAGGUAAUUAAUGGAUAUAGAAAAGAACUCACGGGCAAACUAACUAUUGCCGAUUUUCCCCAGUUAGAGAAAAUAAAUGUAUAUGAAAAUCAAUUAACCCAACUCCACCUAAACAAUUGCCCGCAAUUAACUUAUUUAGAUUGUG